AUGUCUUUAAAACCCGGUGAAGUCGAUUUGGGAACUUCCAUUAUGGCGAUUGAAAUUGCUAAUGGUGUUAUCAUUGGAGCUGAUUCACGUACUACGGCGGGAACUUUCAUUAUGAACCGUGUUACCGAUAAGUUGACCGAACUACACGACAGAAUAUAUUGUUGUCGUUCGGGAAGUGCAGCAGAUACUCAGGCACUUGCCGAUAUUAUUCGUUAUUAUUUGCAAAUGUUUACUGUUCAUCAUGGGGAAGUUCCAACAGUAUCAGUUGCUGGAUCAUUAUUCCAAGAACUUUGUUACACCAACAAAGAUAGUUUGUCCGCAGGGAUUAUUAUCGCUGGUUGGGACAAAUAUCAUGGUGGAACGGUUUAUAAUAUUCCAUUGGGUGGUGGUAUAUUUAAACAACAAUAUGCAAUAUCUGAAUAUAGACAAGGUAUGACGAAAGAAGAAGGAAUUAAGUUUGUAAAGCAUGCUAUUACUUUAGCCAUUGGACGUGAUAACAAAUCCGGUGGAUGUGUUCGAGUGGCAAUAAUUACCGAGGAGGGUGUGGAGCGAUUAUUUUAUCCUGGAGAUACAUUACAAACGUUUCGAUUUGUUAAGAAAUUCGCUAAAACGGGAAGAUUUACUCGUUUAUUUAAUUCAACGCCUACAACUAACGCGGAACAAGAUUUUAUUAGCGAAUUAGCAAAAAAUGAUAAUGUCGAACAGAACAAAACAGCAGAACCAAAACAACAAGAAUCAGUCAAAGCAGCAGCACCUAUCAAAGAUUGGAAACAAACCAUGUUAGAAGCAACAGGAAAAACAGAAGUAAAACUACCACAAACACCGAGAGUACUGCCAGUAUCAACCUCAGAACAAACAAAUUUACCAAAAGAAAAUAAAGAACAAGUGGAACCCAUUAUUAGGAAGACCGUCGAUAAACGUGGAACCUCUCCACUUUCUCAACUAGCGAGAGUACGGGAACGACCAACAACCAGGCUGGAAGCAGUUCCUAACAAUGCAAUAGCAAUAAAUAGAAAAGCCAUCUCACGUUUUGUAAUGAUAAGCAGACUUCCAUUGACCACUAUACCGGGUGAUAUUCGAAGCUUGGCAUCAAAUGUAAAGAUUGAAUGGGCACAAUCAAUUCAAGAAAUAUGUUUAUGGAGAAAUGAAUUUUAUAGAUUUAUCGGAAAAGUUGCCGUUAAUUUUAUUACACCACUUGCAGCCGAACGUUUUGUCAGAACUAAUCUCGAUAGUUAUUUGGCUGGGCAGAAAAUCAUAAAUCGUAAUGAAGAGUUAGUUAGCCGGCCUGGCACACAAGUUCAGCUUUUUGGAUUACCAGCCAUAGUGAAUCAAUUCCAAGUGGAUCAAGCAUUGGCUGGAUAUGACAUAAUUGAUCGAAAGAAAACUGGGAUAAGGUUAUUGCGCAGUCCGGACAGGGAGGCAACUACUAAAUGGCUUAUAAAGCUGGAAACUAAAAGAGAGGCGCAUCGUUUAGUUAGAGAUGCUGAUAAUAAUUUCUUGCCUGUCCCUUUAGGUUUCGAAUAUAUAGUUCAUGCCUCUAUUGAUAGCAAUUACGAAUAUGGGAAUCACGAAUACACUUGA